AUGGAAGUCCUGUGGGACUUCAAUACAUGGGUGGAACUGCCGUUUUCCGAUCCCGGUUUAUUUUUAGUUCCGGUACCGCCCAUUAUGCAUAAACGUCGUCAACGACAAUCAAUUAACGUUAUGCCUACUGUGAACGUUGAGGAAAUCGAUGUGGAAAAUGAUGAAGAUGAAAUUGAAAACAAAUCAAAUGCCACUAAUCGUCGUUUUCAACGUGCAAAUUCUCUCGUCGUACCUCGGGCACGCAAUAUAGUCAAUCAAUUAACGAAAAAAACUGGUAAAAUAAACUUUGAUGAUAAUAAUAACAAAAAAGCAGGAGAAGAAAACGAUGGUGAUGACUUAAAAAUUAUUAAGAGUUAUGAUGCUGUUGAUAAUGCCAUUUUUGAACAAACAAAGCGUGGUCGUAGUAAUUCAAAACGAAAACAAGCAGUUAAACGCAAAAUAACAACAUCAAAACCUCGUGGAAGACCACCAAAAAAGUCGAAACAACAAGAAGAAAAGAAUGAUAGUAAUUCAGAGUCAGACAAUGAAAAAUGUAAAGAAGUCAACCUUAAUGAUAGAGUUAAAUUAGGAUCAAGUAAACGAACAACAACAAGAGUUGUUGAUAAAAAUAAAGAUGAAAAGUCAUCAAGUAAAUACUUCGAACUUCUCCUCUUGAAGAAUGAUGAAAAUUUCUAUCGAGAUCUCACAGUUAGUAAUAAAAUUGUCAGCGAAGAAGAUAGUUAUGUUCGUGAAACUCGGCUAAUCGAACAAGUACCACUGUUAGUUGAAGGACGUGGUCUUAAACAACCGGAUUAUGACAGAGCUGAAGAGCGAAAAUCUGCACUUAGCGAUCAAUUGCGAAUUAUAGAGGAAAAACAUCGGAAAUCAUCGCCGAAACAACAAAAAGCAAAAUCGAGUUUAGCCGAACCCGCUUCUGAUCUAAUAACGAAUUUCGUCUCGACACCUCGUUCAACAACACGUAAAUCAAUUCCAACGAAUAAAAUGGCUCAGUCUACUGAAGUGUUAAACAAAGCAAAAAAAACAAUAAAAAGAACGGCGAUUUCUGAUUUACGUAAUCCUAUCGUUUUUCGCCCUACAAUCAAAACAGCAUCAACAAUCACAAUUGGCAAAGUAACAUCAACUCCAGAUAUAAUGAUUGUAAAUGAAGAAAGUGAACCAACUGUGAAUGAUCGACAAUUGUACGGUACUGUUGAUGAGAACCCAAAUGAAAAUGAGACAAUCCCAGUGAAUUUGAACAAUCAUAUAUUUGUCUCUACUGAAACAACCAAUGAACUUUUAGAAACAGAAACGAAUCAUGAUAUUCGUGCCUCUACUCAACAAAUUGAUGUAAUUGAAAUUGAUGAUGUUCAAUCACAAACAUUAUUUCAUCAACAAAUUCAAACUGAUGAAAAAGAACUACAAGCAAUGGAAACACAAUAUGAUUUAACUGUCAUCACUACAACAGCAUCAACUUCCACUGAUGAAAUCGAACAGUUAGCAGUCUCGCACCAAGAUAUUUUAAAACUAGAUCAAUCAAUUCAAACUGUAGAUUCUCAACAAUUACCUCAUUUACAUCAUGCAUGUCAGGAUCUUACAUCUUGUCCAUGUGUUGAAUUAUCCAGAAAAACUGAACAACAUUUUAUUCAAACAAUGGUACAAUAUUAUGAAACACUUGUACACUCGAAUAAUGGUUCUCCAACAAUAGCCAAUUAUGUUCAACAAAGACAACAACAACAACGACCUGUGUUAGCGAACGUCGUUAAUCAACAAAAUAUGACAUCUGAGCGAGAACAAUCAAAUACACAAAAAAUAAAUGAUGAAAAUGACAGUGUAACUGUUGUUGGUGGUACACCUCAAGGUGAUAAUGACGAACAGAUGAUGGUUGAAAAUGAGUCCACACAACGAGAAGGUGAAUCAGAUAUGUCAGUAAAACAACCCGAUGGUCAGAAACAAGAAAUAGACAAUGAUUCUUCAACAACAAUCGUCACCGUAUUGCGUAAACAGAAAAGAAAUCAAAUUGUUAUUGCAACAACGUCAUUAAGCGAUGAGCAAAGAUCGACUGUUGAACAAUUCAUACAUCAAUUUAAAUGUCUUUCAACAUUAACUGUUGACAACACGACUACUCAUUUGAUAACGGAUGAAGGUGAUCAAUCUCAACUGUUAUGUCCAUUAACUGGAAAAGUUAUUGAAGCUGUUGCUCGUCAUUUAUUUGUGGUGUCACAUCGUUGGAUCGAUCAAUGUUUAGAACAUAAUGAACUCAUCGAUGAACAACAAUUUGAAAUGAUUGGUGAUCUCACAUUUCCAUAUCAUAAUGGAAUGAUGCGUUCUCGUUUAACACGUAAAAAUUUAUUAAAUGGUUAUCGCUUUUUAUUAAAAUGUGACGGUUGUCCACCAAUUUAUUCUAAUAAUCAAAAUCUUAUUGAAUUAAUUAAACUAUGUGGUGGAAUAUGUUUACAAGAAAUUAAAGAUCAACCGCCAAAUACAGUAACCAUUGUUCUAUGUCAAGAUUCAUUUUUAGUUGGUAAACGAGAGUUAUAUGAACAAUGUCAACAUAUAUAUAUAUCAUUUUUAAAACCAGAAUGGUUACUUGCAUCAGUAACAAAAUAUUUAUUAGAACCGAUGGAGGAUUAUGAAGUUGUACCAAGCUAG